AUGGGCAACAACAUCUCCUACCCCACGGACGAGACCCAUCUGUCCAUCCCCAACACCGAGCUGACAAUCAAGGGCCUGCAGAAUGGCACGCAGUCCCGGCGGUUCACCGGCGUUCCCUACGCCCAACCCCCAGUUGGACCUCUGCGCUGGCGCAAACCCCAGCCCUUGUCUCUCUCCCAAUUAGCCCAAGAAUCAUCAACUUUCGACGCAACCAGCUUCGGCCCCGUCUGUCCACAAGCCAACUACUCCAAGUCUGUCAGCGAACAUGUCCCCGUCCACACCUACAGCGAAGAUUGCCUUCGCCUGAACAUCUGGACGCCGGUGCCCGACCCCGCAGACCCGAACAAGAAGUACCCAGUAAUGAUCUGGUUCCACGGCGGGUGGUUCCAGGUAGGGGACCCCAGCCAAGAAUUCGGAAUGGACCCGACGGAGCUCAUCUCCACGGGAGGCUUGAACUGCAUCGUCGUUGCGGUGGGGUACCGUCUGAACAUCUUCGGCUUCCUGGCCGGGAACGCACUGCGCCACGAAUCCGGCGGCCGGGAAGUCGGAAACUAUGGUCUCUGGGACCAACGGCUGGCGAUCGAGUGGGUGUAUGAGAACAUCGCACACUUCGGGGGUGAUCCCGAGAACCUCAUCUUGUCCGGGCGAAGCGCGGGGGCGUACGCGGUGCAGGCGCAGGUGCUGUUCGACUUCCGCGCCGGGCCCGACGUGAUCGACGCCCGGUCGCGGGACCGGUUUCAGCGGCUGGUCAUGUAUUCCAACGCCAUCCCGACACAGCCCAAGACCCCCGAAGAUUGUCAGGUGCAGUUCGAUGAGGUGUGCACAUACUGCGGAAUCGGGACGGAGGUCCCAGGCGAGGAGAAGCUGGCGCGACUGCGCGGGAUCGAGGCCAAGGCGCUGUGCGACGCCAUCAUGAAACUCGAGCAUCACACCUUCCGCGCGGUCACGGAUGGCGUGUUCAUCCAGCCGGGGAUCUUCGAGUACUUCCGGGACGGGGCGUUCGCGGUCGAGUUCCAAAGACGCGGUCUGCGCUUGUUCAUCGGCGAGGUGCGCGACGAGAACACUCUCUACGCGGUGACGAACAGUCCCGAGCCCAAUCAGGCGUCGUUCCGGCUGCAGGUCGAGAACUAUUACUCGCCGGUCACGACGGAGCGGUUGCUGCGGCAUUAUGAGCUGCCGGCGACGGGGAAGAAGGAGGAAUGGCAGGCGCUUUUCGGAAAUCUCAUUGCCGAUGGCCAGGUGCGUGCGCCGUCACGGUUUCUGGUCAAGAAUUUGCUGGACCAUGGUGUGAGGAUCGACGACGUCUGGCGCUAUCUCAUUGCCUACCGGCUGUCGUUCAUCACGGAGAAGGUCGCCCCGGCGUCGUUCGGAGUGAGCCAUGCGAUGGACCGGCCGAUCUGGAAAGUUAGCUACUCGAUCAUGCACGGACCGACCCCGGAGGAGAAGGGGUUGCUGGAUACUUGGAUCCGGGACCUGGCUGCUUUCGUGAACAACGAGGCGGGUUACUCCUAUGGCACACACGUCGCAGAUGAGCAUAAGGUGAUGACUGCAGAGGGCAAGAUUGAGAUUCAAAAAGAUGCCCGGUGGGAGCCGUUGCUCAAACUGAUGGAUGUUUUCUCUGGAUUGGAGCGUGCUGCCUAG